AUGGCUGCGGUGCACGGCUGCCUGUCCCUGCUGCUGCUGUCCACCUGUGUGGCUCUGCUGCUGUGGCCACCGCCAGGUGCCCGGGGGGCCCCACUGGAGCCGGUGUACCCAGGGGACGACGCCACGCCAGAGCAGAUGGCCCAGUACGCGGCCGAGCUCCGCAGAUACAUUAACAUGCUGACGAGACCCAGGUAUGGGAAGAGAGACAGAGAGGACAUGGCCUUCUUGGAGUGGGGGUCCCCGCACGCAGCUGCCCCCAGGUGA